CAAACAUGGCUGCCCCGGCGCCCGUCGGCCCCUCGGGCUCCUGCUGUCGUCGGCUGGCCGCGGGCCUACGGUUGCUUCCGCUGCUGUGGCUACUGCAGCUGCUGGUGGAGCCCGGCCUGGGCCGCGUCCACCACCUGGCGCUCAAGGACGACGUGAGGCAUAAGGUUCAUCUGAACACCUUUGGAUUCUUCAAGAAUGGGUACAUGGUGGUUAAUGUCAGCAGCCUUUCAGUGAAUGAGCCUGAGGGAGCCACAGAGAAGGACCUGAUGAUUGGAUUCAGCCUCGACCGUACAAAGAAUGACGGAUUUUCUUCUUACCUGGAUGAAGAUCUGAAUUUCUGUAUUUUAAGGAAACAGAUUGUCUCUGUCCCCCUUCUAAUCCUAAACUUCUCCAGAAGUGAAGUGAAAAUAAAAUCUCCAUCAGAAUCUGGUUCCCAGUUACCAAAGAUCAACUUCAGCAAGGAUGAGAAAGUCCUUGGCCAGAGCCAGGAGGCUGGCAUUAACCCUGUUUCAGCAGGCAGCCAGACAGAGACAAAACAAGAGAGUGGAAAGUCUGAAAGAAGUACAGUGGAUUCAAAGGGAAUGGAAGAGACGUCCUUUUCUGUUCGUAAUAAUGAUGGGGCACUUUCAUUUGGGUUUUUCUUUAACAUCAGCACCAAUGACCAGGAAGGCCUCUACAGUCUUUAUUUUCAUAAAUGCCCUGGACCUAAAAUACAGUCUAAUGACAAGUUUUUAUUCAGCCUUGAUAUUGAGAUCACAGAGAAGAAUCCUGACAGCUACCUCUCUGCAGGAGAAAUUCCUCUCCCUAAGUUAUACAUUUUUAUGGCCUUUUUCUUUUUCCUUUCUGGGACCAUCUGGAUUCACAUCCUUCGAAAACGACGGAAUGAUGUAUUUAAGAUUCACUGGUUGAUGGCAGCCCUUCCUUUCACCAAGUCUCUUUCUUUGGUGUUCCAUGCGAUCGACUACCACUACAUCUCCUCCCAGGGCUUUCCCAUCGAAGGUUGGGCAGUUGUGUACUACAUCACUCACCUUUUGAAAGGAGCACUACUGUUCAUCACCAUUGCGCUCAUUGGCACUGGCUGGGCUUUCAUUAAGCACAUCCUGUCCGAUAAAGACAAAAAGAUCUUCAUGAUUGUCAUCCCACUCCAGGUCCUGGCCAAUGUGGCCUACAUCAUCAUAGAGUCCACCGAGGAGGGGACAACUGAGUACGCCUUGUGGAAGGAUUCUCUGUUUCUGGUGGACCUGCUGUGCUGUGGGGCCAUCCUCUUCCCAGUGGUGUGGUCAAUCAGGCAUUUACAAGAAGCAUCGGCAACAGAUGGAAAAGCUGCUAUUAACUUAGCAAAGCUGAAACUUUUCAGACAUUAUUACGUCUUGAUCGUGUGUUACAUAUACUUCACCAGGAUCAUCGCGUUUUUCCUCAAAUUCGCAGUCCCGUUCCAGUGGAAGUGGCUCUACCAGCUCUUGGAUGAAAUGGCCACGCUGGUGUUCUUUGUUCUCACCGGGUACAAGUUCCGCCCAGCGUCAGACAACCCCUACCUACAGCUUUCUCAGGAAGACGAUGACUUGGAAAUGGAAUCUGUCGUGACGACAUCAGGGGUGAUGGAGAAUAUGAAGAAAGUCAAGAAGGUGACCAACGGCUCGGUGGAGCCCCAGGGUGACUGGGAGUGCACCGCGUGAUGGAGCACCUUGAGGCUGGCCCCGACAGAGAAGACAUUUAAUUUAUUAUUUGUCCUAUUGGUGAGCGAGAGCCGCUGGCACCUCCCAACAAUGACACUACAGAGCACGUGGCCGGGAGCAAAGUGCCACGCAAACCUGAUUUUUUACUCUCUUUUACGGAGACUGGAUCUGUGGCUGGUCAUAGGCAGCUGGAUUUCUCCUUCAGGCGGGCACAGUGCGGAGGGCAUGUAGCAAGGAGGAGAAUAAAAGGAAGACUUGGUUUUGA